GAACAACAACAACAUAAAGAACUUGUCCUCUGACCAGUUACCACGUACAUAUAGGGAGGGGAAAGAAUUUAGAAACCUAACUCUGGACUUCAACAAACUGGAGGCUCUUCCAAGUGAUCUGUUCAAGGACUACAGGCUAAAUGAUCUGUGGCUGGGAAAUAACAAAUUAAAAAACUUAUCUGAAGAUCUCUUCGCUGGGCAAUAUCUGUUAAAAUAUAUGCGGUUGAGUGGUAAUCGACUGGAAAAGCUGCCUCCAAACAUUCUUCAAGGAAUGUUCGCCUUGGAGGAAGUGGACUUGUCCUACAAUCAGUUGCAGAGUUUGCCUCGAGGGAUACUAAGCAGUAAUACCAACCUGAAAGUACUGGAUUUGUCAAACAACAAAAUUCAGCAUCUUCCCGAAGAUGUUUUUGGCAACCUUACUCAGUUGAAAAGGCUCUUUCUCUCCAAUAACAAACUUCAGCGUCUGCCAAAGUUAAAAAAUCUCUCCGAGAUAGAAACAUUAUACAUGGAGAAAAACAGCCUCGUAACCCUGUCACGUGAUCAGUUCCAAGGCCUGUCCAAGCUGAGAGACCUGUAA